AUGAAAUGCGAAGUUGACCAUCCCGUUCAGGAAAAUGCAGAGACAAAUACAAUAAAAGAAAAUGUAGGAAAAAAUUACAUAAAUGAAUUGUACUAUUACAAAAAUAAUGAGCUGAAAAAAAUCAGUUCAUCCCAUUUUCAUGAUAAAUAUUUGGGUUUAUUUUUUGGGGCAUCAUGGUGUAAAUAUUGUGUAACAUUUAUUGAAAAUAUAAAAUUUUUUAAAAAGAAUUUCCCAUUUGUUGAAAUUAUUUACAUUCCUUUUGAUAAGACAUAUAAUGAAUAUUUAACCUUUUUGAAAAAAACAGAUUUUUACAGUUUACCUUUUGAUAAUUAUUUGUACAUUUGCAAAAAAUUCCAAAUUAAAAACCUACCAUCCUUUGUGAUAAUAGCCCCCAACAAUAAUGUUCUCGUUAAAGAUGCCGUGCAGUUAAUAAAAACAGAUACCUACAUAAAUAACUUCAAGUCCUUAAUUAAAAAUUACACUAUACACCCGAACCAUUUCAAAUUUGGUAACCGUCUCUUCGACUUGUUUUGCGCCUAG